GAGGAUAACCUUGUAACUCAUAACUGCAUCAGUACAGAACAAAAACAGGUUUACCAAACUGACCUAAGGGAAGGGAGGUGGAGUAUUAUUACACAGCUAAAAUGGAGGUCCGAUACUGCAAACCCCCCCCCCGUGCAGCUGGGGGACUCCUUGUAAGAGGAGCUUCUGUUGGCCUCACAAUGACAGCCCUGUCAUCUGGCCCCUCCCCAUCUACGCGUCGCCCAUCCGAGCUCCGCUGAGCUCGUUCGGCCUCCAUCUCAUCAGGCAUCUGCGUGGAGCACCGAUGGGGGGCACAGAGCACAUUGUCCAGCGUGCCGCCUGUACAAUGACCCCCCUGUCAGUGGCUGGGCUCUCCUUACCUCUACUGCCUCCUACUUGCUGCCAGGACCCUCACAGCACCAUUAUGGAAGGGAGAAUAACUAAAUAAAAGUUACCUACUAUGGCAAAAUAACGAUAAACGUUAUUAUUCUGAUUUUGAUGUGCAGUGUCUCAAUAGACAGCAGUGUUGCUUCACACUUCCACGGUUAGGGGUUCAAAUCCCACAUCUGCUUUGUGUUCAUGGAGUUUGCAUAUUUUCCCGGCGGGUUUCCUCCUGCAGCACAAAGAUAGUCUGGCAAGUUUCUGUCUCUAAGGUGUUGAUGGCAUAUGCUUACGUGUGCAUGUGUAUGACCUGAGAUGGACUGGCAUCCUGCUCAGGGUGUAACGCAGACAUAGGCUCCAUUCCCCUGUGACCCAACUUGGGAUAAGUGCUCGGAAGAGAAAUGGAUGAAUAUAUCGAGCUUUCCUUGGAAUGACCUUUAACUAUCACCUUCAGCUGGACAUGCUAGUUUCACUUUUUCCUUGGUGUGGCUUAAUCACGUUUAUGACAGACAAAUGGCUCACUUAUUCAUCCUUGUAAUGAUUUACUGUUUUCUCAGAAUGACCAAGGUCUCCGUAUUCCAGUUCAUACACAUCACAUUUUAUGGUAUGCUCUGUAAAACAUGACCAAUGCCUAAAUUCUUACUUAAGGGUUUAUAUAUGUUUAUAUACAUAUAUGCAGUUUUACAACUGCGUUCAGACUGAAUUAUUCUGUCCUUUGUUUAUUCACACAUUAUGAUGUACAUUUUAACGGUUAUGUUUACAUUGCGUUGUGACCUUGACCGAGAUUAGAAGUCGAAAGAUGGAUAGUUUUUGUUGAAAAAUAAUAAAACGUGCAAAAAUUAGUCAAUGCAACAAACAGAGUCUUGUAAAUCUGUAAUAGCCUAGGUUUCGCACUAUCCGAUUACGUCAGUUCUAGGUCCCCAUUCCGACUCUGUCCUGGAUAAGUGGUUUAGUGAUGGAACGAUAGCAUUGCCAGUCUGAAUAAAUUUGCAGUGUUUUGCUGCCGCCUGGCGUUUAAGUCUCAGGGAAAACUAUCCACAGGGAAAACAUUGGGUAGUUCACAAACCGCCGUGUGAGACGCUUACGUUUAAAAGGAUCAAAAUCUUGGAUAUGUAUUUACCGUUCACUACCAGACUUUAGGUAUAGGUUAGUGUGUUGUCUUCUUCCGUAGUUAUAUGUGUUAUACCGAAACUGAUAAUUCGUAUAGAUACAGUCAUUUUAAGUUUAUGUAUUAAACAGGAACCUCGUAACUUUGGCGUGCGGUUUCCAGGGGAGCACUAAAAAUGUGACACUCCGUGCGUAAGAAGUUCGUGGGUUGAUCGGUGAAAAACAUGAGCCUCAGAUAAGAGGAAUGUGGGAUUUUAUUCAGUUAUUUUGCAGGCCAGAUGCAUUGAAUAUUAUGGAUUCAAGAGCUUGAACCAUACUCUUUGAUAAACGCUUGACGACUCAGGAACGUCUAAGAUUAACGAAUAACUGAAUAAGUGAGUAAGAUAAGUGUCGCCAUGGAGAGCCUGGAGGUUAAGUUCGAUGCUCUAUCUUUGGCCCGGCGCCUGCAGUCCAGCAAGCCCAGCUACGUGCUGGACGUGGCCCUUCAGACAGGACCUCCUUCUGGGGACAGACUGAUGGCUGUUUGCUACUCGAAUCGGUUGGUCCAGCUCCACAAUCUGCACAACCUGGGUCAGCUGCGAGAGUUUCAGGGUCACACGGGUGCCAUUUGUGGGGUGCGUUUCUCCCCCACCUCACCCAGCCUCCUGUUUUCCGGCUCUGUUGAUGGAACAAUCCGGGCCUGGGAUGUACGCUCGCCCACCUGUCAGGCCGUGCAGGUGUUCAGCAGCUCACAGUCGUAUCCUGUGUGCAGCUUUGACAUCAGUUGUGGCGGCGUAGUUCUGUGUGGUGGCACGGAGCAGCAGGAUGAGGACAGCUUCCUGUUGUUUUGGGAUGCACGUGUGGUGAAGGGUGCAGAUGGCGGUGGUGUUCUGGGUGUGUACUCAGAGUCCCACAGUGAUGAUGUCACACAGGUGUGCUUCCACCCCCGCGAUCCCGACCGCUUGGCCUCGGGUUCCACCGAUGGCCUGGUCAAUGUGUUCGACUUGAGCUGUGCCUCAGAAGAGGAGGCGCUCCUGGCCACCUGUAACUCUGGCUCCUCUGUCAGUUCUGUGUCCUGGGCGGGCCAUGACUAUGGCCGUCUGCUGUGCUUGAGUCAUGAUGAGGGCCUCUACCUGUGGGACCUUAGCCAGCUGGACACGGAGGAGCCCUUGACCGUGCUGAACCUCCCUGACGCCCGCAGUUCCGCCCCUCUCUCCAUCCAGGCCUCCCUGGAUUACUUUGUGGGUGGGGCCUGGGUGGAAGGUAUGGAGAAACUGCUGGUGCUGGGUGGGACCCGCCGUGGGGAGGUCCACCUGCUGCACUGUGCCGACCAAGGCCUGGAGCUACUGAAAUCUCUUCAAGGUGGCCAUUCUUGCACUGUGCGCUGCUUUGCAUGGGAUCCUGUCGGGAACUCUCUAAUCACUGGAGGGGAGGACUCCCAGCUGCUGCAGUGGAAGCCUGGGGCAGAGGAGUCUUCGCCACAGGGGAGGAGCACCCUGAAGAGCCUGUCUGGCCUACAGAUCAAAGCCAGACCCCACUCAAAUAACAGGAGCAGGAAAGGCGGCCAUUUAAAGAAGGGAGCUGGGAGUGUGUGCAGUCCUCCAGACACAUGAGGUUGCUAUGGUACAGCUGCUCUUUUGGAACAGUGAGGAAGGGGGGGUCCCUGAAUGUGGGAGGGGGCAUGACGAUGUGAUGCACACAAGUAGGGUACUUUACCUCAGUGGUUUUGAACUUAAACGGGGGUCAUGUUUACAGAACAUAGUGCCUCCCACUGGAGGAGAAAUGGACAGAGAAAGUGGCAUUUGUCUUAUCAUCACUCCAUAGUGUCAUGUGAUAUGUAUCAUGUGAUAUGUCAUGUGUUAUGUGAUACUGCAGGGUUCCCACCCUCCUGGACUGGAGCUUUUAGAUGUCAUGGGACAGCUGGCCUCUCUGUGCCUUGUGUCAGCAUGUUGGGGUUGUAGAACCCUGAAAAAUUAGCAUGUUGUUUCAGACCAGCUUUUAACACCCUAGCAUCUUUUUAAAAUCAACUAAAAUCUUUUAAAUUGUCGUAUUUGUCAAUGUGCUCUUUCAUAUUCUGUUUUUAAAGUUCUGGCUUUUUGCCCUUUGUUCUGAAAACUCCAACUUGCUUUGCACAGGUUGAGGUAGGUGACCUUGGUUUGACCCCUGUGGAUAGAUGGGGCCAUCAGCUGUGUAGGGCCAGGAAGCUGGUCAUAUUUCACACCGGGAAGGUGACGCUAAUUAGCCAAUAACCCCUGGCAGACUGUGUGUGCCGGCACUGCUAUUCUCUGCUUGCAGGCUGAAAUAUGCUCUUAUGGGGUUUACAUCUGGGGGUUACCAUUUGUCCUGUGCAGACAUUACAGUGGUUGGGUUAUGGGAGGGCUGACAUUUAUCUUCUCAUUUGAAUAAAAAUAUGUCUUGAA